AGGCUGCUGCGCUCAGUCACCAGAGAGCGGGGAUUAAGUGUGUUACUCAGUUACGCUCUGGGCAGCCCUGAACCGGGACAUUUAUAGGAUAGAAUAGGAAGCCUUUAUUGUCAGUGUACAGUGAUGCAGAAGCUUGGAAUAAGCCACAUUCGAACCAAAAGGCGGACAACUUUUCAAUGUGAAAUCUCCCAAAAAUCCCAAGACGAAAGACCAAAAGAGAAAGUCUCAGGUGCCAGUACUCUAAGCAGAUAUUGUGCGGUGCCGGUACUCUGAAGAGAAAAACAAAGAGGUGCUGGUACUGCAUCCCUGGUGAAAUACUGUAUGACCCAUAGUUAUGAGUCCAAAUGAUCAGUGGACGUCUCUGCCUGUGACUGCAAACUGCCUGUAGUCAGACUGAUACACAGGACCUGGUUUCCUUACAGCCAUAAUCAUCUAAGCAAUGGCUCACCAAGAGACCCAGACCUCGCUCGCCGACCUCUUGUUGCGUUCUCUGGAGGAGCUCACUGAAGAUGAGUUGACUAAGAUUAAAUAUAACCUGAUUCAUCUGGCAUAUGAAAAGUAUCGGCGCAUUCCCAGGGGUCAGCUGGAGAAUUUGAACAGAAUGGGCAUCGCCGACAUGAUGAUACGUUCCUAUGGUGAAGUCGGUGCUCUCAAAGUCACGCUUGAAAUCCUGAAGAAGAUGAACCUGAAUGAUCUUGUUCAGAGACUGAAUGAAGACCUGCAGAAGUGUAACAAAGCAGGAAGUGAGCUGGGUGACGUAUCAGAGAAAAGGGAACUCAUGACGGACAGAAUAAAAUGUAACCUGAAGAAGAAAUUUGAGUUUGUAACCGAAGGGAAAGCUAAGGAAGGACAGCCAACACUUCUCAAAGAGAUUUACACAGAACUCUACGUAACUGAAGGUGGAACUGGAGGAAUCAAUGAUGAACAUGAAGUGAGACAGAUUGAAACAGCAUCCAAGAAAAGGCAAACAGAAGAUACUACAGUGAAGUGCAAUGAUAUAUUUAAACUCUUAUGUGGACGUGAGACACCUAUCAGAACUGUACUCACUAAAGGGGCAGCGGGUAUUGGGAAAACAGUCUCUGUGCAGAAAUUUAUUCUAGACUGGGCAGAAGGAAAAGCAAACCAGGACAUUCACUUCAUAUUUGCUCUUCCUUUCCGGGACCUGAAUUUGCUUGAGGGUGAAUUCAGUCUGAUUGAACUUCUUCACUACUUUGACCCAGAACUAAAGCUAUUUCAAUCCACUGAGCUGUUUAGGUGGAAGAUCUUGUUCAUCUUUGAUGGUCUGGAUGAGUGUCGCACUUCUCUAGAUUUUCAGAACAAUGUGAGCUGGUUUGAUGUAACAGAGAAAAUAUCACUGGAUGUGCUGUUGACUAACCUCAUUAAGGGGAAUCUGCUUCCAUCAGCUCUCCUCUGGAUAACCUCCCGGCCAGCAGCAACCAAUCAGAUACUUCCUGAGUGCAUCGAGCGGGUGACAGAGAUACGAGGGUUCAGUGAUGCCCAGAAGGAGGAGUAUUUCAGGAGGAGAUUCAGUGAUGAGAGCUUGGCCAGCAGGAUUAUCACACAUGUGAAAUCAUCAAGGAGCCUCUUCAUCAUGUGCCACAUUCCUGUGUUCUGCUGGAUUUCAGCCAUUGUUCUUGAGAGUCUUUUUAGUGAGUCUGACAGGGGAGAAAUUCCAAGGACUCUGACUGAAAUGUAUACACACUUCCUGAUCUUUCAGGCAAGUUUAAAAAAUGACAAGCAUAGGUUUCAGACCUCUAUGACCCAGAAUAGGACAAGCUGCUACAGAAAACUGAAGGAUGGAUGGAUGAAAAAAAAUGAAACCAAGCUUAUUACAUGCUUCCUUCUAAAACUUGGUAAACUGGCUUUUCAUAACCUUGAGAAAGGCAAGCUCAUAUUUUAUGAGGAAGAUCUGAAACAGAGUGACCUUGAUGCCAGAGAAACUUUAGUUUACUCUGGAGUGUGCACAGAAGUCUUUAAAGAGGAAUAUGGCUUGUACCAGACAAAGGUGUACUGCUUUGUGCAUCUGAGCAUCCAGGAGUAUCUCGCUGCUUUAUAUGUGUUUCUAUCAAACUCAUCAGCUGACCUGCUGAAGACUGCAGUGAAAGAGGCAUUAAGGAGCAAGAAUGGACACUUGGACCUCUACCUCCGCUUCCUCCUGGGCCUCUCAACAGACUCCAUUCAGACUCUGUUACAAAGGCUACUGGGACAGACAAGAACCAGCUCACAUAACAUUGAGAAAACAGCCCAAUACAUCAAGGGGAAAAUAAAGGAGAAUUUAUCUCCAGAAAGAACCAUCAACCUGUUCCACUGUCUGAAUGAACUGGGUGACAAUUCUCUAGUAGAGGAGGUACAAAGAUACCUGAAUUCAGGAAGCCUUUCAGCAGAAAAUCUCUCACCUGCACAGUAUUCAGCUCUGACCUUUGUGAUGCUGAUGUCAGAUGAGGAGCUGGAUGUGUUUGAUCUGAAGAAAUUCUUCAGAUCAGAUAAUGAGCAUUGGAGGCUGCUGCCUGUGGUCAAGACAUCAAAGACAGCUCUGUAAGUG